CCCCACCCCCCAAGCCCAUGGUGGAGUUUGGCUUUGGGGAGAACUUUUUUUGGAGGGGGGGUGUUCAGGAUUUUUAUUUAGCAACCUUUUCUCUUUGGUGUAGGAGCCCCUACUUUCAGGAGACUUCUAUGCCCCAUACUCACAUCUGCCCGAUGUCUAAUUCCCUGUCACUACCUCCCCAAGCCUGGUUGACUUUGGAGAAGGAAUUUUUUGAGGGAAGAUACUCAGGAUUUUUAAAAAAGUUUUUGUAUCCCUUUCUCCUUUAAACAGAAGUCCCCUGACCUUGCUCUGUGGGUUUUAUGCCCUCCUCCCACUGAGGACCAUCUUAUUCCCCUCUCCACACCCUCCCCUUCAUUUCUGAGCAGAUCCAGCCUUCCCCAGAUGUCCCACCAUCAGGUAGUUCUGCAUGAAGUCUCUCUCUCACCCUUCUUGCUAAGUUCAUGGCUUAGUCUCUAAUUUUUAAGAAGACUUGGGUAUCAAGUCAUCUGUUCUGAACUUAUUCCCCUCUUCCUCAUCAGGCUUUGAUGUCCGUUAUGGGAAGAUAGAUCUUAGCUUAGACAGGGGCACAUGUAGGCAGGAUACUAGGGGCCUGGGCUCCCGGCUAGGCCUGGACUCCCGGCUAGGCCUGGACGUUGCUAUGGGAGAAAAAUAGGCAUCUGAGGCCCAAAAUAGGCAUCAGAGUUGCAAUGGGGAGGGGACAGCCCAGGGGAGGACUUGACUUGAGGAUGUUCAGCUGUAGGAGGCAGAGGAGGGAUAGUGGCAGGGAAUCCAGUAGAAGCAGAGUGCUCAGGUCCUUACACACCCUGCUUCCCUCAGAGGACAAAAACGCUUGGCUUUUUCAAGGAGAAUGAAGAGAAAGAAAAUUGUGACCACCAAGGAAAUGACAGGCCUUCAGAGGGAGGAUGUUUUAGCCGAGUGUAACUCAAGUCUAGUAACAGAUUGGCAUGCUUGGCAUCACUCACAGGGCAUUCAGCCCAAUUUCUUUCCCAGUUCCCAAGCCCCAUCUUGGCUGAACUUUGGGGAACAGGAAUGUGUCUGCCCCCAAGGCUGGAUGGCAAGUGGGACAGACUUGUCCUGAAUGGCCAAGUGCAUGGUGGAGACCAAAGUGGGGCUAGGACAGGGAUGGUGAUAGGACAGAGGAGGAUGUGAUAUGCACAGGCAGGGUUGGGGUGCCUUGGCUGCCCAGAGGUCCUCCCCAGAUGGAGCGUCUUGGGGCUGUGAUAGGGGUUGGAUGAUGGACAGGAGUGAGGCUGGACUGGGUGAGCUCAGUUGUCCCAAGUCGGGGGCUAGGGGGCUGGGGAUUUUGGCCUGUCCACAUCUGGGAUCUGCUCUGAUGGGGGAAAGGGGAGCGCUUGAGCAGACCUUCUCCUGGGGCUCUGUAAUUAACCAGGAAAGUGUCUGUGCAUAGGAUCUUGUCAUCACUUGAUGCUUAUCACACUCCCUGCCCCUAAGGCUGAGUCAGUCUGAGGUUCCCUUUUGGCAAGUGCAGGACCAGAGACUUUGGAAAGGCCAGAACCACACAGCAGGGCAGGAUCAGAGGCCAUCUAGGAAACUUAGGCAUACUAGGUCUCCCAGACUUGGCUAGGGAUUAAGUCAUGGGAGAGUUAAAGGCCAAAGGUGCACAGCGAAGACUCCGCUGGGGAGAAGCUGUGAGCGCUGAAGGUUGAGCAGGAGGCAGAACACUGUCCCCUCCCUGACCCUCCACCAGGCGGGACCUUUAGGGAUGGGGAGAGUGAAGAGGAUCCUGGGAGGGGACCAGAGGUUGGAUUCCAAGCCACAGCCCCUCCCCCGGCUUCCACCAGGCUGUCUAACCUCCCUCCCUCCUGCUGCAACCCGAGUCCCGGGCGCCGGGCCGGCGUAUCGGGUGACCGCGGCGACGCAGCCACCAGCCUCCGCCGCUCCUCUGCGGGGCUGCGCCGGCGGGGCCGCGCCGGGGGAGGGGGCCGCGAGAGGGGAUGUGCACGGCGGCGCGCAGCGCAGCGCCAGGUGGAGUCGCGGUUACCGGGGCGACCGGGGCCCGGGCCGGCACGGCGGCGGCCGCGGCGGCUCUCGCAUUGCAGCAAAGGGCACCGGCGGCGGCGGCCGCGGCUGCGGAGGCGGCCGGGGGAGAGAAGAGCCCGGGCGGGUGGGAGUAGGGGCCCUCCCUCCCCCGCCGGACGCAGGACCUGGGGCUGGGGACCCCGCGCGUACACCUGUGGCCGCAGCAGCCAAACUACUGGAGUUUCAAGACCCGCAGCUCACGCCACACUCAGGGAGCCCAGCCUGGGCUGGCAGACCAGGCGGCAAAGCUGUCCUACGCCUCGGCCGAGUCGCUGGAGACCAUGUCGGAGGCCGAGCUGCCCCUGGGUUUCAGCAGGAUGAACCGCUUCCGACAGAGCCUGCCUCUCUCUCGCUCGGCCAGCCAGACCAAGCUGCGCUCCCCAGGGGUGCUGUUCCUGCAGUUCGGGGAGGAGACUCGGCGCGUGCACAUCACGCACGAGGUCAGCAGCCUGGACACGCUGCACGCACUCAUCGCGCAUAUGUUCCCGCAGAAGCUCACCAUGGGCAUGCUUAAGUCGCCCAAUACCGCCAUCCUCAUCAAAGACGAGGCUCGCAACGUCUUCUACGAGCUGGAGGACGUCCGGGACAUCCAGGACCGCAGUAUAAUCAAGAUCUAUAGGAAGGAGCCCCUCUACGCUGCCUUCCCUGGCUCACACCUCACCAACGGGGACCUCCGGAGAGAGAUGGUGUACGCGUCGCGGGAGUCGUCGCCCACGCGGCGCCUCAACAAUCUGUCGCCAGCGCCGCACCUGGCGUCCGGCUCGCCGCCGCCCGGGCUGCCGUCGGGGCUGCCAUCCGGGCUGCAGUCCGGCUCGCCGUCGCGCUCGCGUCUCUCGUACGCCGGGGGGCGCCCGCCCUCGUAUGCCGGCAGCCCGGUGCACCACGCGGCCGAAAGGCUGGGAGGCGCCCCGCCCGCCCAGGGCGUCAGUCCCAGCCCCAGCGCCAUCCUGGAGCGGCGCGACGUGAAGCCGGACGAGGACCUGGCGGGCAAGGCGGGCGGCAUGGUGCUGGUGAAGGGCGAGGGUCUCUAUGCAGACCCCUACGGGCUACUGCACGAGGGCCGUCUGAGCCUGGCCGCGGCCGCCGGCGACCCGUUCGCCUACCCGGGAGCUGGCGGCCUCUACAAGCGCGGCUCGGUGCGCUCGCUAAGCACCUACUCGGCCGCCGCUCUGCAGUCCGAUCUGGAGGACUCCCUGUACAAGGCUGCGGGCGGCGGCGGCGGCCCGCUGUAUGGGGACGGCUACGGCUUCCGCCUGCCGCCCUCGUCACCGCAGAAGCUGGCCGACGUGGCAGGGCCCCCCGGAGGCCCCCCGCCGCCGCACAGCCCCUACUCGGGGCCGCCCAGCCGCGGCUCGCCAGUGCGCCAGUCCUUCCGAAAGGACUCGGGCUCCUCGUCCGUCUUCGCCGAGAGUCCUGGAGGGAAGACCCGCAGCGCGGGGAGCGCCUCGACAGCCGGAGCUCCCCCUUCGGAGCUCUUCCCUGGGCCUGGGGAGCGCUCGCUGGUUGGGUUCGGGCCGCCAGUGCCAGCCAAGGACACGGAGACCAGGAGAGACCCUGUGCUCAGAGGCAAGGUUGCCCAGACCCCCUUCCUCCCCAGGGAGCGCAUGGAGGCUAUGGAGAAGCAGAUUGCCAGCCUCACAGGCCUGGUGCAGAGCGCCUUACUUCGAGGCUCUGAGCCUGAGACCCCCAGUGAGAAGAUUGAAGGCUCCAACGGAGCAGCUACCCCCUCAGCAGCCUGUGGGUCAGGCGGCCGGAGCAGCGGGGCCACCCCCGUGUCCGGCCCGCCCCCGCCCUCGGCCAGCAGCACCCCUGCAGGGCAGCCUACCGCCGUUAGUCGGCUGCAGAUGCAGCUUCACCUGCGAGGCCUGCAGAACAGCGCCAGUGACUUGCGCGGCCAGCUCCAGCAGUUGCGCAAGCUCCAGCUACAGAACCAGGAGUCGGUGCGCGGGCUGCUGAAGCGCACGGAGGCAGAGCUGAGCAUGCGCGUGUCGGAGGCGGCGCGGCGGCAGGAGGACCCGCUGCAGCGGCAGCGCACCCUGGUGGAGGAGGAGCGGCUGCGCUAUCUCAACGACGAGGAACUUAUUACCCAGCAGCUCAAUGACCUGGAGAAAUCGGUGGAGAAGAUCCAGAGGGAUGUGUCCCACAACCACCGGUUGGUUCCUGGCCCCGAGCUGGAGGAGAAGGCACUGCUGCUGAAGCAGCUCGGGGAGACGCUGACGGAGCUCAAGGCUCACUUCCCGGGCCUGCAGAGCAAGAUGCGGGUGGUGCUGCGCGUGGAGGUGGAGGCGGUGAAGUUCCUGAAGGAGGAGCCCCAGCGCCUGGAUGGGCUCCUCAAGCGCUGCCGCGGGGUCACGGACACACUGGCCCAGAUCCGAAGGCAAGUGGAUGAGGGUGUGUGGCCACCCCCCAACAAUCUCCUGAGUCAGUCCCCAAAGAAGGUGACAGCAGAGACUGACUUCAACAAGAGCGUGGACUUCGAAAUGCCACCCCCCAGCCCCCCGCUGAACCUGCAUGAGCUGAGCGGACCAGCUGAAGGAGCCUCUCUUACCCCUAAGGGGAGCAACCCCACCAAAGGCUUGGACACUCCUGGCAAGAGAAGUGUGGACAAGGCUGUGUCUGUCGAGGCUGCAGAGCGAGACUGGGAGGAGAAGCGGGCAGCCCUGACCCAGUAUAGUGCCAAGGACAUCAACCGGCUGCUGGAAGAGACACAGGCAGAGCUGCUCAAGGCCAUCCCUGACCUGGACUGUGCCAGCAAGGCCCAUCCAGGCCCGGCUCCCACUCCAGACCACAAGCCCCCCAAGGCCCCCCACGGCCAGAAGGCAGCCCCCCGAACGGAGCCCAGCGGGAGGAGGGGCUCAGAUGAGUUGACAGUGCCCCGAUACCGCACAGAGAAGCCCUCCAAGUCACCCCCGCCGCCCCCUCCCCGCCGGAGCUUCCCCUCCUCCCAUGGCCUGACCACCACACGCACUGGAGAGGUGGUGGUCACCAGCAAGAAGGACUCGGCCUUCAUCAAGAAGGCCGAGUCCGAGGAGUUGGAGGUGCAGAAGCCCCAGGUGAAGCUGCGCCGGGCCGUGUCGGAGGUGGCCCGCCCGGCUUCCACACCACCCAUCAUGGCCUCGGCCAUCAAGGACGAGGAUGACGAGGAUCGCAUCAUUGCAGAGCUAGAGGUGUUUGAGAGAACCUCAGUGUCUUCCCUCCCCCCCACGCCCCGCCGCCAGCUGAUCCCCACCUUGCUGUCCCCCCAGGACCUGGGGCCCCCUGGGGGCUCAGCCCCAGGCCCUACACGGAAGCAUCGGGCUGUGGAGCCGGGCGAGCAUGAGGUCGCCCUCUCUGCCUCCCCAGUCAGCACCCCCCGCUUCCAGGCUGCCCCAGGUCCCAGGGCUUUCUGCGUCCCAAGGAUCAUCUUGACAGAGUGUGCCCCCAGCCCUCCUAGCCCGCCAGAGGCCAGACUUGAGGAACUGGGACCCAGGACAGCUCCCAACCCAAGACCACGGACCCUGGCUGACAGCGGGAGGGGCUGGGAUGGCCCACAGGCCCCGCCAGGGGUAGUGGGAGAGACUCCUGGGCUGAGGAGCAGCUUCAUGCCCUGGAAGGAGGGAGCAGCUCUGAAGAGACUGGGCAGAGGAGGCUGCAGCCUAGAGGAUGGAGGAGCCAGGGUACCCUGUCCUCAGGGACCAGCCCAGGAUGGGACUCCGGAGACCUCUACUGCUGACACCUACCCAGAGGAGAUCCUCAAGGACUCUGGACACGAUGCCCAAACCUGCAGUAGGGAGCACCAGGGCCAGGCUACUGCCAACUCAGGCUGCGCCACGUGGGGCACCACUGCCCAGCGGAUGGACAGCCUGGAGGAGACGCUCCGGGAGCUGGAAGCCACCCUGAGCAACAUGGGCACAGGCCCUGCCGUGGGGUCCCCUGGCAGCCCCCCACCCCUACCCCUCGGCCCCCAGAGUGGCGGAGGCAGCGUACCGCCCAUGAAGGUGGUGACUCCGGGGGCCUCUCGGCUGAAGGCGGCCCAGGGCCAAGUGGGCAGCCCCGACAAAAGCAAACAUGGCAAGCAGAGGGCCGAGUACAUGCGGAUCCAGGCCCAGCAGCAGGCCACUAAACCAUCUAAAGAGAUGAGCGGGUCGAAUGAGACCUCGAGCCCAGUCUCAGAAAAGCCCUCGGCUUCCAGAACCUCUAUCCCUGUAUUGACUUCCUUUGGGGCAAGGAAUUCUUCCAUCUCCUUCUAGAAGCCCCUCACCCCGCUGCCCUGCCUGUCCCCCUCCCUUACUCCUGCCAUUUCUCCCCUCUCUUCCCUUCAUCUCCACCCCACCCUACUCUCCAGACCCCCUGAGGGGUGCGCCCUGCAGAGGAGGGUGUGGCCCUCCUCAGCUCCCUCUACCCAUCCUCUGUUGGUGUUUUUGGUUUUUUUUUUAAUGAUUCACUUUUAAUUAUCUUUUUUUUAAACAGUAAAACUAAAAACCAAACACACCACCUUCCUUUGUCUGUUCUCAGCUGGCCUCUCACUGGCCGCACCUGUCACGUCUCUCCCUCUUCUCUUUCACCACUCUUUCCCCUCAGUCCAUCCUGAAGCUCCUGCACCCCCUUCCCGCCUUCCCCUCACUUCCCAAGAAUACUCCAAACAAACUCUGAGCCACGGAGACUUGGAGCAGUGGGAGACCCCUCUCCCGUUUCUCGGUACUUUCCUGGAGGAACGCGGGGACAUCGGACCAACCCAUAUACCAGGCCGGAGAGCGGGGUGCAGGGAGACUGGCCUUGGAGACGCCCCACUCCCUGUCCAAGCUCGGACAAGACUGCGACCUCCUCUGUGGCUGCUCUGCCUCCUCCCACUCACACCCCACUGGGCCUGGAGUAGAGACGGACAGGCUGGAGACUAGGCCGGAGCUUGAGAGGCCUCAGGGUGGGUGUGAGACCAUGGAGUCUGCGUCCCUGGGGAGGCGCUGGCCUCCUGGGCCUCGCCGUCCUGUGGGGAGUGGAGGACAGAGGCCCUUUGGUCUGCUGGCUGUGGAGGGUGGGUUGCACGGACAGCCGGACAUCGGGGACACUGCCUUGGGAGAGGGCGGCCCGGACAGGUAUUUGGUACUUUUAGUUUCCUGAUUUAGCACUUUAAAUGGCAUUAACUUAUUUAAUGGGGGUGGGGUGGGCAAGAAUGAGGGGCCUAGAAAACCAGGUUUUGUGGCCUGCAGUUGGGGGAAGGGUCUGGUUUGAGGGAAAUGGGAGGGUCGAGAGGGGUUUGAUGGGGAGCAGUGAAGACACCUGGGACCCCGAGGUGGGGUGACUUGACCUUCAGUCAUCCUCUUGGCGAUUUGAGGGUUUUCCGGGAAAGGAUGAGAUGUAGUUUUUCCAUGGGGCUCUGGUGACCCUGGUGAGAUGUCUGAAGGUCCCUGAGGCCUGACCGUCCAGCCAGCGCCCCUGGCCUGUGGACGCCCUGCCUGCCCUGCAGAGGCAGUUGGCAGUGCCACCUUGCUUUUGGCCGGGUCCUGGGGAGGCAGAGAGAGGCCAAUUUUGGUUCUCACUCCUGGCCGCCCAGAGGGCACAGUGAGGAGCCAGUAGGGAGAGGAUGGGAGAAGAGGAGGAGGAGGAGUAGGGUCCCCGGCAGCAGGCGUCCCACUUGGAGCACAAAGUGAAGCAAGCACAGGGGAGGGGGACUCGAAUCAGUCCCCCCAGCAAGCACAGAAAGGAGGAGUUGCGCAAGAGGCAGAGCCCCCCAACCCCUGGGGCCUGGCUGGGGAAAGGCCGCACUUGGGGAGAGCCAGGAGCUGUUGAAGGUUUGGGGGGAGGGGAAACUGGGGUUGUGUUUCUUCAUUUCUUUUUUCGUUUUUGCCUUUGUUGGUUCAUCCUUGUUUUCUAGCUUUGGAUCAUUUUUGUACCAAGGCGAGCAAGCCUUUUUGAAAAAUAACAAAAGAGGAAAAAAAAAAACCCUCCUGAAAAAAAAAAAAAACCCUGGAAAAUAGAAAAAAAAAAAAGGACCUCAUAAAUGAUGCAAUUACUUUUAAUUGCAGGCAACUCUUUACAUUUAAGUGAAGUGUCUUAACAUUUUAUAUUGUUUUAAAAAUAUAUUUACAUAUUAUAUAUAAUAUACGUAAUAUAAAUAUAUAUAAAUAUUUAAAAAAGAAAAAAAAAAGAAAACCACGGCACUCUCUCCCUGGCCACUGUUUUGGCGGGGGAGGGGGCUGGGGGCGGGCGCGUCGGCCUGGCUUCUGUGGUCCCAGUGAAACGGUCUGGUUUGAUUUGGCUGUACAGAGACCCCCUGACUUGGGAGGGGAGGGGGGAGUGGUGCCCCCUCCUCCCUCCACUCCAUUACUCUCUGCUUGCUACUUCGCUUGCCCCCAGCUCCCACCCUCAGCCCUGUGACUGGAAUGUGUGCCCCACCGUCAUUGUCCUGAGUUGAAUGUCCCUUUGUGGGGGAUGUGGGGGGGACAGUGUCCAUCCACGAAGGGGCAGAAGGAGGGAGCCAUGUGCCCCGCCCCACCCGCUCGGGUGAAGUCCAGUAGGGUUUGCAUCUUUCUUUCCCUUUGGUUCCUGCACGUUUAUGGGCUGGGAGGCAUCCGUGUGGAAUCGCGUGCAGCCUGUGUGUGUGCUGGCGUGAGCCCAUGCACCAUGUGUGCAGACGCAUGGGGCCUGCACCCACAGGAAUGGCCGAGCACGUGUGUGGCGGAAGGCGUGGGCACAUAGGUGCAUGUAACCUGUUUGGGCAUUGGCACGUGCCUACCUGCAUGUUAGCGUGAGAGGAGCUCUGUGUGUGAGAACAUGUGUAAUGUGUGUGCAGACAUGCCUAGCGCCAGCGACUUGUGUGUGGGCCACGUACAUGUGGACAGAGACACGUACAUGGAGGUGCAUGUGAUCUGUGUCUGCGAGUGUGUGUGCACGUGUGUGUGCUGGUGCAGACCCAGGUGUGUGGGUGUGCCUCUGUGUGUGUGUGUUCAUCAUCCCUGCACCACUGGCUCCGGCUCCCUUCCCAAGCCCCCGUCCCCGCUGGCCCUCUCACAGCCUGCAGCACGUCAGUGCCCCCAGCUGCAUGCGCCUCGCUGCUCUGUCCAUCAGUGUGUGCUUGACCAAGAGAAAACUAAGAUGUCUCAGGGGACCCCUGUACCUGGUCCUCUCAGCCCCCGCCCACUGUGCUGUGUUACUCGCAUGGGGGGUUUCUCUCCUGCCCCUUCCACAAUAUGCUGUUUCCCCAGGAGCCUCAGGCCUGAGGCUCUGAGUGGGGUCCCCAGGGGGUCCCCUGGGGUGAGCCCCAGCUCCACACCCUGCCCCGUCCACCCUGUAGGGCUCAUGUUGGUGUAGCAGUGAUGGCUUCUGUGGAUAUUCUGUGACCUCUGUCGGUGUAACUUGACAAUUUCUAAAUGGAAAAGGGUUGCUGUGUUUUCUCUGUCUCUCUUUUUUAAUGUCCUUUUUUCUUCUUCCCACCUCCCUGCUCUCUUUCCUUUUCAGUUUUUCUAGCCAAGUGUUUGGGGCUUUAAUAAAACUUGUUUCUUUUUCCUCUCCUGGA